UUUUAUCACGUGGGUUGUGUUGCGUCUAUUGUCAACUGGGCGGAUUAAUGUCUGCAUGUCUGUGAAUUGCUGUUACAGGAUUGUCAGGGUGGCUCACGGCCAGAGUUUUGUCCUUUGGCGGUUUUCUUUUCUUUUUAACAGGCGCUGAAACUUUGAGAAAGUAUACUGAAAUUUCUCGUUUGUAUUUUUGCUGCAUGUUGAGCAGCACAGCAGAGGGCGCGUCUCACCACACAACAACAGCAGAGCUGCAGGCAUGAAAACACAGCUCGAUGAACACAACUUUCACUUUCGUCAAGCAAGAAGAAACGUUUAGCAGCCGAGAAACCCUUGACGUUACCUUUGAGUCUGGAAAACUCCCGGCGGAUGAGCUGCUGCUGCUCCUGACAACCCAAACUGUAAUACGGCCACAUUUCCUUAAAGCUCUCAAACGAGCACAGGCGGCUAAAUUCACUCGACGGCGCCUCCAUUAUGUCAAAAUAUCAACCUCUCUGACAGCCAGUCCGUCUCUGACAUUUUCUCCGAGUUAGAUUGUUGAUAAGUUUCAGGAGCAUUCAAGUGUAGCUGACCUGAUGAAGACGUCCUUUCAUAUAAAGCCAGUGCAUUCUUUCUAACUUUAUUUCUUUCACUACUCUCAUGAUGGGACCAUGUAUUAAGUGAGGAACUCCAGGCUGGCCUACCCUGCCCUAUGGGCUUAUCUGGGACUAAUACAGUGGGGGGAAACAGUAAAGCUAGUCUCAGUCGGGCAGAGCUAUGGGCACAUGGCCAUCUGUCUAUUUGCUGAAUACAGCUGGCAACAAAGGAGGGCAAUUCUUCAUUACCGGACUAUACAGCCACUGGACACUCACACACUCACUCACAUUGUUGGAGACACAAGGCAAACAAGAGGGAAAAGCAACUGACUCACACCAACAUACUGCCUCAACCUCAAUCAGUCCAGCAGUUCAUCGGGAGUAAAAUGGCGACAGAGAGAGAGAGGUCUGUUUAAUUCAUGUCUCAUAGUCUGUCUGUCUGAAAGUGUGAAGAGUCCAGAUCAUCAAGAAGCAUGAAUAUGAAUGAGAAAGACAUUGCUUUGUGGUCUGAGGGAGGUCUAAAUGUCACCCUCACCAUCCGCCUACUAAUGCAUGGAAAGGAAGUGGGCAGUAUCAUUGGAAAGAAAGGGGAAACUGUCAAGAAAAUGAGAGAAGAGAGUGGAGCACGUAUUAAUAUAUCCGAUGGCUCCAGCACAGAACGAAUUGUCACCAUCACUGGUGCCUCUGAGGUCAUCUUCAAAGCUUUUGCCAUGAUUGCGGAGAAGUUUGAGGAGGAUAUACUGGCCUGCAUGGUGAACAGCACAGUGUCAAGCAGACCUCCUGUCACGCUGCGCCUUGUGUUCCCUGCCAGUCAGUGUGGCUCACUUAUCGGCAAAGGAGGCUCCAAAAUCAAAGAGAUCAGAGAGACCACAGGUGCACAGGUGCAGGUAGCUGGAGACUUAUUACCAGAGUCUACUGAGAGAGCUGUGACCAUCUCCGGCACCCCCAGUGCCAUCACACAGUGUGUGAGACACAUAUGUACCAUCAUGCUGGAGUCACCACCUAAAGGAGCAACAAUUCCUUAUCGGCCCAAGCCAUCCUCUGGUGGCAAUCCCACAAUUUUAUCCCAACCACAUCCAGCUCCUACUUUUGCUGUUCCAGCACAAUACACCAUUACUCCCCAAGACUUGACCAAGCUUCACCAGUUGGCUAUGCAGCAUAUCCCUUUUACCUCCCUUGGGCAGAGCAAUCCUACCUUCCCUGGUCUGGAUAUGUCAGUUUCAUCAAGUUCUCAUGAGCUGAGCAUACCUAAUGAGCUCAUAGGCUGCAUUAUUGGCAGACAAGGCACUAAGAUCAAUGAAAUUCGCCAGAUGUCUGGAGCCCAAAUCAAGAUAGCCAGUGCCACAGAUGGUUCAGCAGUACGUCUUGUCACCAUUACUGGCUCCCCAGCCAGCAUCUGCCUGGCCCAGUAUCUCAUCAGUGCCAGUUUAGAGAUGGCUAAGCUCAGCAUCCAGGCUGCCUCCUCUUCCUCCAGCACUACCGUUGACCUCGGCCUGAGUUUCUCCCAGUCUGCUUCUCCUGCCUCUGCCUCUGCGGCCAUGCUGGCUGCUCCCUCGGCCAUUAACGUCCACUCACCCCCGGCCCUGCCCUCCAUCCCUACUACCCACUAUGCUCUUCCAGUCUCCAGCCUGCUUGGCAUGAAAACUGUCCCUCUGCUGGCCGUGCACACUGCUGCCUCGCCGAGCCUCGCUCCCUACACCACAAAAAUCCCUGCCUCAGCCACCAUCAAAAAAUCAGAGCAUCAGAGGUUUGCCCCCUACUGAUUACCACUGACAAUCUUUCAUUUACGUGCUGUUUUCUGGUUUUGGGGCAUCUUUGACAACUUUGAAGAUUUUGUCCUCUUUUGUACAUUUAUGUACAAUAUUAUGCAAAUGAAAAGAACACAAAGCAGCUCACAUCAUCCUGCAUUUCCUUUGGCAUUUCAUUUAGAAAUGAAGUAGACAAUAGAUGAAACGGACAAUUCAGAUAGUGAUAAAAAGCCAUAUAUUUUU